AUAUAUCCGCUUCGCACUCACGUAUCACGCCUUUGUAACACCAAUUAUCAUUAAAAGUAGCAGCACCACUUGGAAAAUAUCGUACUAUCCAGUGAAGAAUUAAAAAGACUAUGCAGAUGAAGCUCUUGGUUGUUCUUUUGUUGGUCGCGUGUGUGGCCGUCCAAGAAUCUGAAGCUGCUUGGGGGGGUGGAUGGCGACCAGGACCAAUAGGCAUCAUGCCACGUCCAGGACCAAUAGGCAUGCCACGUCCAAUGUUUGGUAGAGAUGUCGCGAGAGAACUUGACACAAAUGAGGACGGAUAUCUGGACGAGACUGAGUUAGAAAAACACAUCAGUGUUCGAGACGUUCUCGACUUCAUUGAGGCUUUAGAUCAGAACGGUGACAACCUCCUGUCUACUGAUGAACUGAACAAGAAGCAGUAAUCAAUCAAUCAGCUCGACUUCUUCCUGAACUGUGGAAACCUUGAAGAUUGUAAAAAGAGCCGUUCAGGAAUUAGAAUAAAACAUAUCUGAGUA